AUGUAUGACCCCAUAGGGGGAAGCCGUGAUGAGGGUGCAACAGAUCCAGACACUUUGACUCUCACAAAUGUGACUAAAGAGGAUGCUGCCUGGUAUGUUUGUAUCGCUCGGAACACUGUAGGGGAGACGAGAGGUCAGGCAUACUUGGAAGUUCUCACUGAAGAGGAAAGCAAAGUACUGCCUUCGUUUGCAUCUCAGGAUUCAUAUGAUAGAAAGAACAUCACAAUUCUGCUGGGUGUCAUGGGUCCCUUUGUCGUGUUUCUUCUCAUCAUAUCUCUGUUCAUGUAUCAGCGUAUGAGGAGAGCAAAACAAAAGAAAAAGGAGACAGUCCAGGUGCUCACACAUGAAUUCAAGCGGAUCAUCGUGGAGAAGCAAGGGCCUCACCAUCUCACACCCCUGGUAGGUUAUGCUCCUGAAUCUUGGGCCUCUUCCAGCAGGCCCACAUUCCAUCAGAUCGUGGAGGAGAUGGAUCGCAUCCUUGGCAAUGUGUCCCCAGAUUUAUACAUGAACUUGGACAUACCGCACAUCGACACACCUCAGUCGAGUCCCGAGACGUCGGCCGAAAGCCUUCUCUCGUGCAUCCUGCUGAAAGAAGAGUGCUCUGUUUAGGAGCAGACUUCUGAAAGUCUCUACAGUACCUGAAGGAAUCUCAGAUCAGAAAAGGGACACUCAUUUUCCUCGAUCUGACUCGUGCGGCCGAAGGGAGCCGAUGCUCGAACUUGCCGACGGGAUGGCAGUUUUUUGUAUUGUGGUAUACUCUGUGGUGCUAAUCCAUGAAGCAGGGAAGAUGAAUCUUCAGAACUCUAGACGCUUCAUUUGUUUUGCAAUAGUUACCAUGCUCCAUGUUUGGGUAAAUGAUAUGUUCUUGUGUGUGAGUUUGUUCUUGUCCAAAUGGGUGCCCUUUGAUGUUGUAUGUUGGACUCCUAGUCAUGAUGCUCAGUGACUGGCAUUGCAUUACAUUUUUAGUUUCCUGACAGAGGGAAAGGAUUUUUGUUCUUCUCUAGAUCUCCUUCAGGUGAGGACAGGAACUCUCAACUCUUACUUGCCUGUUCCUAUUCAUUGUUCAUUCAUUUCUGGCAUCAUGUUGCAGGAUGCAAAUGUGAGGAAGUUCUUCAUUUUUUCUAAUCCUACCUAUGUGAUUUGACAGGAAAGUGGGGCACUCUGUGUGGGAAGUGCAUGUGUAAUUUUUUUUUUUCCAGUGACCAGAAAGUCUGAUUCAUGUAAUUGACUCCUUUUGUGUGUUGCCCAAAAUUUCCCAUUUCUGGGGUUUCUGACCUAUCUCUUCAAUGUUUGGUCCCCAGCCAUGGGAUCUACAGUAUCUCAUUCAAGGAAUCUUGGAAGGCUUCAUCUGUGAGCACGAAAGGAACUGACAUCUAAGGUAGCUUCUUCAUGGCCUAACAUGUAUGUAUUUAUCUGUGAUGUGUCAAAGCGUAAAGAGAAAAGACCUACCUUGAGAAAUGCCAGAGGAUCCUUCUUCUGGUACAUUCCUGGUACAUUCACGCUUUCAUCAUGAUGCCAUUAUUUUGUGGUGGUUGGAUUUCUUGUUCUUUUUUUUUAUAUUCUCCUCUUGGUUGAUAAAAAUUAUCUCUUGCUUUCUAUGUUGUAGUGGACUCAACUAGACUAAUUUGAACUGGCUUUCCUUCAGACUCUUGCUUUUCGUUAUAUCCAUCUUGCUUGUGCUACUUCUUCCCCUCUUGCUUGGGCUCAUCAGUUUGUCAAGCCUUUUGCAGACUCAGAGGACUUUCAAAAUACAUGUUCAGCCAGUUAGUGGUGAAAGAAAGUGGUCUUUUUUCACAAUUAUGGUGAUUGUCCCCAAGUGCCUUUUGUUCUUACCCAGUCAAUUACCUCAUUUUGUUUGCCUGAACUUGCCAAUGUACAGUAUUUAUCUGUAGUCAUGAGGGGAAAGGAAUCACAUUCAGCAGCA